GAUUUCGUGCGUUUGAAUUUAACAGCAGUUUUAAUUAGGUUGGCAUGUCCACGCCGCGCGUCCCUUGCAAAAAGAAUUCCUGUACAGAAAACCGGGCUGCUUGUGCGUAUGAAAAAUAUAUAAUAGAGUGCGUAAAAACGUCUAUUAAAGAGAAAAAGUAUUCUAUUAUUGUUGUGCGUACAUGUAUGCCAGUGUUUGUGGUAUUUCUAUGCGCGCUACAAAAGUCUAGCUUCAGUUGUCGCUUGCGGCUUCCUUUUUUUCUCUCUCUGUCUUUUACUUCUGCACCAAGCGAAAGUUGCAGCCGCCGACGACGAGACUCACACCGCCGCCCACAAGCGUAGAGGUUUUUUAGCAGCUGCAUUUGCAAUUAAUUGAAUGCUAAAUGUAUAAUGUCGCUGGAUGGCGCGCAAUUGAAUCAUGUGAAUGCUGAUGGCAUUUCAGUGGCAUACCCAGCCAAAGGACGUAAGUUCAAUGUGGGCUCUUUUCUGGGCUCCGAUUUGAUGCUGCCCGAUGCCGAGCGCAUUCACUGCGAGAUACAAUGCGAUGCCUUUGGCAGGGUAACCGUCUACAAUUAUUCAGUCAACGAGCCCAUCCUGUUGAACGAUCAGGUUGUUCCGGCGACCUGCAAGCGUCCAUUGGUGCAUGGCGCACGCCUUAAAAUACUGAAUGAAUUGUAUACAUGGCAUUUUCCCAAAGUGGAAGACGCGCCCAGCACACCGGACCGAGCGCCACCCGAACAAGCGGCCAACUCAUCGCCAAGCUUGAAAACUCAUCGACCACGUCGUCAAUUUGAGAAUCGCUUCACCGUGCACAACUUUCGAUAUUCCAUCAAUUCAGACGAUGAGGGCAAUACAUCGAUUGAAUCGCCCCCAUUGGAGACCAGCACGAGCAGCAAUGCAGAAAUAGAUCCGACAGCUGAAGCAGGAGUAGAGCGCUGUGUUACCCCGUCCGUCCAAGAAGUGGACGAGUCGCUGCCCAAAGUCGAUUUAGUGAAGGCAACGCAGAAUAAGGAGAACACCAGGACGCCCUGCAACAAACUGCUUCUAGAGUUGUGUGACCGCUCCGAUGUUGUCAUCACAUCGUUCUCACCACGUGAAACGGGCGUAAAAAUUGAGAAAUCCUUUACACGCGUCAUCAAGCCCAGCACAGGACUCGGACCUGGAUUGCUCUCCGCGUCAAAUACGCCGAAGAGCGUUUACAGCACGCCGAAGAGUGUGCUGUCCGAACAGAACGAUGACAGCUGCAGCCGCGACUUAAUGGAGUUCAGUACGCCAUCCACGUCGAAAAAGGCUCUGGCUGGCAAACGACAAUCUUCCAUGUAUUUAAUUGACCUAACAACGCCGCAACGAUUGCGGCCCACAUUGUCGGGGACGCCUAAGCAGACGCCUGCCAGUGCUGGCGUCAUCAGUGUGACCUCCACUGAUGAAUCCUCUGACUCGCCGAUGGUCAUAGACAUAACCAAUUUGUCCACGCCGUCAACAUCGUCAGCAACUACAACCAAGCAGGAGCAACAGUCCCGUCUGACAGCCAAAACGCCCAAGGAGCAGAAGCUGGUUGCCAGCUCUACGCCCAGGCGCACGCCACAGUCGCUAAUGAAGCGUGCACUGCUCACCAGCGCCAAGAAGCAAUUGCCUGAAGCAAGUAAGAGCAAGCACACGACGCCCGCUCGUCAGUCGCUGCUCGAAGCACGUCGUCAGUGCUUGACGGCGCCUCGACGCCUACCUUUCCAUCCGCAGCCGCAAUGGCGCACACCGGGUCGCCGCCAAAUAGCCAACACUCCAGUCAAGGCUCCCUUGACAUCGCCACGGAAACGCCAAUCGUCCGUCAGCCUGAGCAGUCCGCGCGACAACAAAAUCUCGCAGCUGCGCAAAUCGCUGGCCGCCGCCGCCAAGGUGAGUCCAAGCGUCGGCAUGAGCAACAAGCUGGUGGCUAAGGCGCGUCGCGCCCUCAACUCGCCCAAGCAAGAUUCACCGCAACGCAUCGAGUCGCCCAAAGUGAAUACACCACAUGAAGAGUCCAACGAGCCGGAUCUUGGGCAGAAUCUGUCCUCUGAGCUGAGCCGCACGUUCACCUUAGAUGAGGACAAUGGCAACGUAUCCUCAGCAGCAGCUCUGGAGGCAAUGGCUUCCCUAAUAAAUGAUGAAGAAAUGCCUGCCCUGGCACUCAGCAAACAGUUAAAUUCAUCUCUGAAUGAGCUGAAACCCAAUGACACGUCUCAAAAAGAACUGGAUGAGAGCAACAAUACAUUUUCUCCCAAUGACGAUGCCAAAGUGGAUGAGGCUGGUUCAACCCAUGAAGGCAAUCACAAUCGAACCUUUGAUGCGAAUGUUUCUCAGGAGCUAAAGAAUGAGAGCAUUGCAUCCUCGAAAGCAUCGCCACAGCUAACGACUGCAAAUGAGAGUUUAAAGACUCUUGAAGAUGCAGCAACUGUUAAGAGUGUUGUACUGCGGGAAACAGCUUCCGAAUUCUCAAAGGACUCACCUGCAGUUGAUAUCAUUGAGGAUAACAUCUGCGAGGAGGUGACACCAAUAACCACAUAUCAAGAAGCAGAAGCCGUUGCUAACUUAGCCGAGGACUCCAUUUGCGAGGAGGUGUGCAUUAGCCCGCAGGAUAACUUAAAAGCUGAAGUACUUGAAGCUUCUCCAGAGGACGAUGUGAAUGAGUUAGCGGAGUCCAGCCCAGGUCCAUUAACAAAGCUCGUCACACGACGCUCUUCAAUGGAAGCUAAAGCAGUCGCAGUGACGCCCAGACGCAGUGUGCGCCGAGCAUCCAUUGAGGCCAGCAAUAAGCUGGAUGAGCAGUUAGCCAGGCCAAAGCGUCGUGCCUCAUGCUCCUCGACCUUGGAGCACGAAGCCACCGCAUUGGCCACGACCACGCCCAAACGCAAGCGACGCCUUACUGAAGAGCUGUCGACGCCAACACGCAAAUCGGUACGCCGGAUAAGCACCACACCAAAGGCAGUAGCGCAAGUAGAUGAGUCCGUGGGCGAUAUGGGCGUCAUAGUCGAAGAGGAGGAUGCCGCGCAGCUGGAAGACAAUAAAUUGCCACCAGAUGAGGAUUAUGGCAACGAGCUGCCAACUGAUGCGAUUGAUGAACCAGACAGAAUUGAUUACCACGGCAUGCGAGAGCUGCUGAAGACACCCAAAAGCUGCAGUACGCCGCGUUUCAAGGGAUUGCGUGAGAUGAUGCGCACUCCCAAGGCACCAACCUCACCCGUGCUAGACCAUAUUGAGGAGCUGCUGGAGGGGGAUUCAAAUGAUGCAAGUACUACGCCUAAGCGUCAAGUGACCGUGGGCCGUGUGAACCUGGAGCUGACCCGGCCAGAAACGCAGGACCUGUACUUUAAGACGCCGAGUGGUAAGGAUCUAAUGAUACCAAAUGAUCCGGCUAGUGCAGUUCUCAAAUCACGCGAGGCUUCAUUGGCAGCCACUACAGAAUACGAUUUAAAUGCAACAAAUGCAACGCUACACUUGGACAAGAUCUUUGAUGAUAUGCUCACUGCGGAGACAACCAAUCCAAUCGAAGGUUCCGAGGUCGAGAUAAAUGUAACCACUGUAAGCACUGCCAGCGACGCUGUAGCUGAUCCCUUGGCUUCUUCUUUGGGGCCAAGUGACACGGUCAACUCCGAGGCACUAAUGACAAUUGGCGAUAUGGAUGAGAGUCAUCGAGAUCCUCUAACAAGCACUGCAUUUAAACCUGGUGCUCAAGCUGAUAUUAAUGAGCGUCAUUUGGAUACAGGAAAAUCAUCAAGCAUUUGCGAAAUGAGUGGAAUACAGCUGCUCGAUCAGACAUCAGAUUCUAUGUUCUCGGAGCCACUGAUUGUCACCGGCGUGGACUCAGCUGACGUCACAUUGGAGGAAACAAAGGCAACAGGGAUUUGCCAGCCAUGUACACCAAGGAAGAGCAUUCUGGAGGAUUGCUCUGAUACGGAUUCGAUGGUAGGCUUGGCAGAGCCUCUAGUAGUGAGUGACGAUGAAGACGACAUAGAAGUUGAUCCAAAGAAGCCAAGUGUUCAACAAGAGAGAGAGACUUCUAAUGUAUCAGCCCCAGAUAUAGCUGAGAGCUCAUCUGUCAAACUGCAAGAGCCAAGCGCAAGCACAUCAAUUACUUUGGAUAAUUCACAGAAAAAGGAGCAGGAACCUGAACCCUCAAUUAUCGAAGAAUUGUCAAUACAACUUGAAGUAUCCAGCCAAACUAUAUCUCGGAUUGACUUAGAGGCAACUAACGCCGAGUCAACUUUGGAUAUAUCUAUUGAUAGUAGAAAAUCUACAAUUUAUGCUCUUAAUACUAGCGAAGUUCAAAAGAGUGAGAAGCUGACGACUGGUACAGAAACUGUUAUGAACGAUCUGAGUAAAGGGCAAGAGGAAUCGACAACUGGAGAUCCUGUAAGCCAUGAAAUAAGUGAAAUUCCCGAAGAAGAUGAAGUUUCCAUGAUUGAGCUAGAGUCUUCAAAUGCUGCGGAUAAUACAACAGUCAAGGACAAUGAUAAUGAAGUGGAAGCUGUCGCUUCUCCUGUAAGAGAAUUACCAAUCUUGACAAAUGAAAAUAAAGACGUUAUCAACUGUGAGUUGCCCAGCGAAGAAAAGAUCGAAAAGGACCAAAGUCCUGAAAUAAUAUCAAACACAGACACAAAAUGUUUAAGGACUGAUCUUACGAAUAAAGCUGAAAUAUCAGAUAAAGAACAAUUGCAAAUGCCAGAUGCGAAUGUCAGCGUUCUGGAAGCUACAACUUCCCAUCUGGAUAUUAUGGACUCGAACGAAGCCAAUUUAAAUACUUCAGAUAAGGAAAAUCUCGAAGUAGAACUGAAGGAACUGACAGCAAAAAGUAAAGAUGAAAAAGAAAUUAUGAAAAUUAGAACACCGGAGGACGUGAUGAGUCGGGAGAGUCAUUUGGAUGAGUCAGUAAUUGGAUUUGAUGCCUCUGUGCUUGCAGAAAGUGUUGAACCAGAGAAACAACUUCCAGAAAUCACUGAAAAAGAGAAAGAAACAACUACAACAACAGUAGACAAGGUUGAAAGUCUGAGCUCCAAUGCAGACGCAUCUAUAGUAAAACUUGAUGCCUCAGUGCUGGCAGAGAUUGACGUAGAUCAGCAAUUAGAGGAGCAAUUACCUGAAAUUAUUAAAGCGAAAGUUGAAAGCCUGGACUCCAAUGUAGACGAUUCAAUAAUUGAACUUGAUGCAUCUGUGCUAACAGAAAAUGAUGUAGAUCAGCAAUUAGAGGAGCAACUUACGGAAAUCGUAAAAACGACGGCUCCUGAAAGCGAGAUCGAAGCAAUAACAGGGGACAUAGCUAGUGACCAGAAUAUUAUUCUGGAAGAGUCUAUAAUUGAACUUGAUACGUCUAUGCUCGCAAACGAUAAUGAUGUAAAAGACCUUCCUAUCGAAACGAGUGCAACAUCACAUAUUCUUAAGCCAGAAGCAAAUGAAGUUCGGGCUGAGGAUAUCGUUGAAACGACAUCAAAGGCUGAAACCAUAUCAACGGAAAUUGUUGACGGGGAUGAACCCGAAUCUAACAUAAGUGAAUCUCUACUUAGUCAAGAAGCUUCUAUCGAAAGGGCUCAACAACCAUCGCUUGACCAAGAUUUAUGCGAGUCGGAAAAUUACACAGAAGAACCAGCCCGUCAAGAUAUUCUUGAAGCUCCAAAUCAGCGUGAUGAUAAUCGAAAUGAAUUAUAUAUUUCAUCGGAUGACAUUCUGCCUAGAUCUUCAGGAGAAUCCUUAGCGGACACAAGUGCAUCUCCUGCUGCCAAUGCGAAUAAGUCACUGAUUGAAAUCGACACAUCAAAUACAGCAACCGAAGAGGAAGACAGAAAGGAAGAGUCAGAUGCCAAUGCCCAGCCCGCCGUAACAUCAGAAUCAUCAGAGGAUGCGAUAUCAUUAACUGAUGCGUCUGUCGGCGUAAAAGAUAAGAUAGUUCAGCAUUCAAUUGAAAAUACUUCUAUAUUAACAUCACCUCAACCUCAAAAUGAGGAGGAAUUGAAUGCUUCUCUUGUACCUGCAGUUGACAAAGCUUUGGAAGAAACGCAGAUGGAACAGCCUAGUGAUGUACCAAAUAAGGAGACAGCUAUCAAAGAUUCGUCAGCCACAAUCCAAGAAAAAGAAGACACUAUGGAUACCACAAAAGAUGAAAAUGCGACUCUUUCUAAAUACGACGAAGAAAUAACAGCUAUCGCAGAUUCUUCUGCCUCGACUCAAGACAUAGAAGAAACCCUGGAUACGACGAAAGAUGAAAAUGCAACAAACGUUAAAUCGGAUGAUGUGCCGAAAGAGGAAACGCCAACUAUCGCAGAUUCUAAGACCCCAACCCAAAUCGAGCAAGAAACCCGGCUUACGACGAUAGAUGAAAUUGCGACUAAUGGCAAAUCAAUUGAUGUGUCGCAAAAGGAAACAGCUAUCGAUGAUUCCUUAGACAUAACACUAGACAAAGAAGAAACCUUGACUACGACGAAAGAUGAAAAUGCGAUUAAGUCAAACUCAGAUGAUUUGCCGAAAGAGGAAAUGCCAGCUACUGAAGUUUCCUCAGCUACAGCACUAGAAAAAGAAGAAGCUCUUGAUACGCUUUUAGAUGAUUCAAUAGCAAAUCAGUCAGGUCGUCAAAGCCCAGAUGUCGUUUCAAAUGAUGUAUCUAUGUAUAUAUCUGAAAAUGAAGAUGGGAAUGCAGUAGCAGUAGAUACUCCAUUAACAACCGAAGAAAGCGAAAAACACAAGUUGGUAGAAUCAAGUCAUCCCAUUAGAUCAACACGUCGUGGAAGAAAAUCAGUUGAUGCUGAGGAAAACAAACAUCAGGACAAAAUCGCAGAUGCAACUAUAAAACAUACCGAAGUUAAAUCUGAUGAACAAAAUGAAGCACACAAACCAAAGCGUCGGGUAAACAAAGAGACAGUAAAGACUAUGGCGGUUGAAAAGAAGAUGGAAGAGUCAACUCCGGAAGAAACUGUUGAUGCUGAGGAUAAGAAACCUAACAUAGUCCCAGAGGAAGUUAUUGAACAUAUAGAAACGAAGUCUGAGGAGCAGCCCGAUCAACCUAAAUCAAAGCGUCGACCAAGAAAAGCAACAGUAGAGCAAACUGAGUCGACAGAGAAGAAACUCGAGGAAACAGUUGAUAAGGUUGCUGAUAAGCCUAAAUCAAAGCGCGGAAGAAAACCUACACAAGAUGACAGUAAAGAACAUGCAGAGGACAAAUCGGAAGAGGAAAGUGCUGCGAAUGCAAAAGAUCUGCUUAAGCCUAGAACGAGACGCGGCCAAAAGCCAACGACAGCAGAUCUUGAAUCAAAGGAAACACCGGAACAAGAGAAACUUGUUGAAGAGACAACCGACUUGGACAGACCCAUCGUACACGAAGAAAAACCCACAACGACUGCUGAAGAAAUAUCAGAGAAUACGUCAACAGACACGGAGAAGCCUAAGCGGCGUGGACGUAAGCCAUCCGCUGAAGUUGUUGCCGUCGAAGUGUUUGAGCCCGUGAAGCCCAAAGAAGAGCCUAUCAAAGAGAAGCCCAAGCGGCGGGGGCGCAAAGCAUCUGCAGAGGAAGCGCAUGAACUGGCCGAGCGCAAAACGACGCGAACGACUCGGAAGGCUUCUGCGGAAACUGUGGAGCAACACGAGCCAGCCAAGGAAACCAUGGACAUCAUUGAAGAAGCUGAGGAACCAUUGACGAAGAUUCUGCGCGUGGAAGAGCCAGUUGUAUCGACUACGCCCAUAAUCAGAAGACGUGGUCGCCGCCAGUCUGUUAAUGCGGAGGAGGCUCCGCCGCAAGACUUGGCUGUGGCAACCAGCUCGCGACGUGGACGCAAAGCCACAGCUGACACAGAGACACCAGCUGAGCCUGCUGAGGUGAAGCCAAAACGACGCGGUCGCAAGGCGUCUGCCGAUGAAGCUCACACGGACGACGCGGAGCCAGCGAAGAAACUAGCUAAACGUGGUCGCAAACCCAGCGCUGAAGUGGAGCAUCCUGACUCCGAUGCAACGGAACCUGCAGUGGAGAAGAAGACGGCCACGCGACGAGUCCGCAAGGUUUCAGCUCAAAUGGAUACACCUACAUUGGCGAAGAAAACAACUGGGCGACGUGGACGCAAAGCGUCAGUGGUUGAGGAACAACUUGAGGUGCCCAAGGACCUGCCGGAAUCGUCUGCAGUUAAUGUGGCUGCAUCAUCACCACGACCGCAGCCGCCAAGCUCAGAAGAUGAACUGACCCCGCGCCGUCGUGAAGGGCGGAAUUUGCCGCGCAAAAAUUAUGAUGAAACAUCGGAUGAGGAUAAGCGGGGCUCCACGUCCUCGCCGCGUCGUGCACGUAAACCAGCAGCUAGCAAAGCGGCCAGUAAAGCCGCUGGCGCCGUAACACCACCUGUUGCGAAGCCCACCACUCCAAUCCCAAGGACCAAACAGGAGGCGGUUGUCGAGUCCACAGUGGAGCCUUUGGUACCUCAUACGCCGAUUGGGCCAGCUGUGGUACUGCCAGAGCCAACUAGCUCUCAGCGACGUGAAGGACGUAACGUGCCGCGCAAGAACUAUAAUGAGACCUCGGACGAUGACAAGCCGGGCACCUCACGUGCUCGUCGGGUUCGACAGCCGACGGUCAAGGCGCUAGAGCUUCUAGUCGAUACAGCAGCAGCUGCGCAACGUCCCGUAACGCCAAGGCGGCGCAAGGCCAAAGAUGACGGCGAUCAACCGCCAGAGAAGAAGCCCUUAGCAGACCAAGGAACGCCUGUUACGGCCACAAAAUCGCGGGCUGGAGGUCGUCGCAAAGCUCCUGAUCCAGCUGACGUAGCAGAGGUUGUCGCCGUUGCGAUCUCAACUGGCAAACGCGUGGCACGCAGCCGCAAGGACAGUGCCGCCAGUAAUCAGCAUGAAGAACAGGUGGAACAGGAAUUGGCGCCGGAGCCGGAGGCGGAGCCCAAGCAGGCAACUAAGCGCAAUGCACGCGGCAAAGGUAAAGCUGCGGCAGCUGAAGAGGAGGCGUCAGAUGAGCCGGCUACCAAGAAGGCGCGGGGCAAGACGCCGAUCUUGGUCACGCAUGUGGAUGUGGUGCCAACAGAAGAGUCGACCGCCAAGCGAGCUCCAGCUUCGCGUGGCCGUGCCGCACGAACCGUAAAAGCUGUCGAGGAUAAUGUGGAUGCGCCAGAGACGACAGCGCCAGCACGCGCCGGACGCGGCCGUAAGGUACACUUCGAGGCGACGGAGGAGGCAGCGACUGCAGCAAGCGCAACAGCGCAGACAGAGGCGCCCACACGUUCGACACGGUCUCGCCGCAAAUAGAUUCCAUUACCUUAAUAUUUUAAAGUUUAAACUCUUUUUUUAUGGUUAUUGUUUAUGCCUCCUGUGUACAAAAAAUGUCUACAGCAUGGUAAUAUAUAUGUAACUACGUAUUGUUAAUUUUUAAGUUAAAAA